UGAGUAGUAGGUGAAACGAUGGAGCCCCUGCAAGCGUCGACCGCCUCCGCCCUCCUCCUGCGGCCGGUCCACCCAACCACCUACGCGGCUUCCACGGCUGUCCGCCAGGCGGCGGCCCACCAUCUCGAGGAGCGGCACACCGACUGGGUCUGCUCACGGCCCGUGUUGGUGCUCGACGUCGCCUUGAAUUUGACCUUCGCCGCCGCCGCCGCCGUCGUGCUCUGCGCCACCACCCGCGAGCGUCCCGACACUCCUCUACGGGUGUGGAUCUCCGGGUACGAGAUCCAGUGCGUGGCGAAUGUGGGGUUAAUAUGGCGGGAGUACCGCCGCCGACAGCGGAGUGGCGGAGAGCAAGGGUUAGAGGGAGGGGGAAGUGGCGGCGAGCGGGUGUUGGGGGAUGCCGACUCCGUGGAUAGCGAGGAGGAUGUGGCUCGUAUCGGCGCUGGGAACAGACGCCAUGGCAGUAUUUUCAAAGGAUGUAAAUCCAUCAAUAGCAUGGCUUCCUUUAUUUGGUGGAUUGUUGGUUUUUGUUGGGUGUUUUCUGGUGGCGAAGCUCUUUUACAGAAUGCUCCUACUCUUUACUGGUUGACUGUGGUUUUUCUCACAUUUGAUGCACUCUUUGCUAUCUUCUGCAUUGCUUUCACAUGCAUCAUCGGAAUUGCACUCUGCUGCUGCUUGCCUUGUGUUAUUGCAAUACUUUGUUCUGUAAUAGGUCAGGAAGGUGCUUCAGAUGCAGACAUUAGUAUGCUUUCUAGAUACAGAUACUCUGAGCUUGAUGGUGAUGGAGAAAAUUUUUUAAAGGAAGGACUGAUGAUUCCAGAUUUAAAUAACAUGGGAAUUACCUCCAACGAACGUGUUCUUCCAAAGGAAGAUGCAGGCUGUUGUAUCUGUCUAACUCCUUAUGAAGAUGGAAAUUCUCUACUUUCUCUUCCCUGCAAUCAUCAUUUCCACUCUUCAUGCAUCGUGAAAUGGCUUUGGAUAAAUGCAACUUGCCCUCUUUGCAAGUGCCACAUCCUCAAUGGUUGACAUGCUGAUGAAGAGAACUAGAUAUCAGUUCCAUUGUGAAUAGAUUUUUAUUGGAAUGUUCAUCCUUCGAGCUCCUAGAUUUGCGAUUCCCGAUAUAUUUUACUGAGAAGUAUAUAAAUUGCUGAAAAUUCGCAAAUUGCUGCUGUAUUUUGUAUUUCUCAAACACGCAUUGUAUAGUUUCACGGCGAUGCUAAAUGCGUACAUAAAUCUGUGUUGUAUUAUAUGAUUUUGUAGAUUGAGAACAAAAUGUUCUUUGUCCAAUAAACAUUUUGUUCCUUUUGAACGA